GCCAAAACAGAUCUGUAACCUGACUACCGGUUUGACAAGAGGGAGUACAGCUACAACCGGAAGUGACUCUUUGUGGCAGGUUAGGUGAGCAUUUCAGCUAACCCUAACCUUUUCCCAACCUUAACCCUAGUCUCCUAACCUGCCACAUUAAUUAUCCUAACCUGCUAUGAAAAAGUAACUUCCGGUUGUAGCUGUACUCCCUCUAGUCAGAACCCAGGCUACCUCUGCUCUCCUUUUGCUUCUACUCCCUUCAUCCUGACUGAUCUGUCAUCUUACUCUUUUUCAUCGGAGCUGACAUUGGUGACGAAUCUUAUGGUUGAUAAGCCAGAGGAUCCCAUCCAGUAUCUAAUCGUUCUUCUCAAAAGGGGCAGUGUUGAGGUACCCAGAGUGAUGUUGUUAGGUCCACCUGCAUCAGGGAAAAGAACUGUUGCCAGGAAGCUGUGUGAACACACUCAAGUGAUCCAUAUUACAGACAGCAACAUUCUGAAGGAAGACACUGACCUAACAAAGAAGGCACUACAGUACAAAGCCAAGCAACAGGAAAUCCCAGGCGACCUUUGGAUCAAGUUGAUUCAGCAACGGCUGUCGAAAAUAGACUGUGUCCGACGGGGUUGGGUGUUGGAGGGGAUACCUCAGACACGAGAGGAGGCCCUGUCCCUACAGGAGGCUGGAGUUGCCCCAAAUCAUGUUGUGUUGCUGGAGGCACCCGAUGCAGUACUGAUUGAACGGAGUCAGGGCAAGAGAAUAGACCCUGUUACAGGAGAUGUGUACCACGUCACGUUCAUUUGGCCCGAGGACAAGGAAGUGGUGCAGCGGUUAGAGCGCCUGAAGGCCGUGUCAGAAAAGCAGCUUGUCGCCCAGCUGAUGCAGCACCAUCGCGAGGUUCACGCCCUUCGCAAGACCUACCGCAACUGCCUGAAGGUCAUUGAUGCCGACCAACCGCAUGUGGACGUAUUUGACCAAGUGCUGACGUACAUUCUUUCGCGGCACUGUUCUGUGGCCCCUCACACCCCCAGGGUCCUCCUCUUUGGGCCCCCUGGCUCAGGCAAGAGUCUGCUGGCGAAACUUAUCUCUCAGAAAUACAACAUUGUCAAUCUUUGCUGCGGUGAGCUUCUGGAGGCGGUUUCUGCAGACGCGACCAAUAUGGGAGAACUCAUUAAACCUUACUUGGAAUCUGGACAGCAAGUGCCUGAUAGUAUGGUGCUGCAGAUCCUGACAGAGCGUCUCAGCAGGCUGGACUGUACCACACGGGGCUGGGUGCUGCAUGGCUUCCCCAGAGACCUGGAGCAGGCAGAGAAACUCCAGGAGUCCAACUUCAUCCCCAGCAGGGUCUUCUUUUUGGAGAUGACAGAUGACGUGGCCAUCGAGAGAGUCACUCUGAGGUCAAUCGACCCUGUCACCGGGGAGAGAUACCACUCACUGUAUAAGCCAGCCCCCAGUCCUGAGGUGCAGACCCGUCUGCAGUUCAAUCCCAAGGACUCCGAGGCCCAACUGCUCCGGCAGCUAAAGGAGUACUGGGCAAAUGCUUCCUCCCUGCAGGACCUCUACCCUGAGGCGGUGCAUAUCAACGCUGACCAGGACCCACACACCGUCUUUGAGUCCCUAGAGAGUCGUCUAGUCGGACGUCUUCAAAACGACGCCUGAAUUCUAAUCGAGACACCCACCCACCCUCAUGAUUUUUACGUUAACACGAGCGGAGUGAAUAUCCUUUUUAUUUAGUAUAACGUAUUGGGAUCUUAAUUGUAGAAAUAAAAGGAGUUUAUUGUUCAAACCCACUGAA